AUGCAAAUCGAAUUCACGCAAGAAAGACCCCGAAAUAUCUUUUCAUAGCCAAGAAUUCCGAUGAAGUUAAUAAGCCAGAUAUAGCCAGAACGGGCAAAACAAAAAAGGCAAAGAUGGCACAGAAAACUGCAGUCGGCACUUUUUCUAACGUCAUAACACAAAUACAAAACUUACCUAACAUGGAUCUCGGUCGGAGAUUUAGAACUCCAUGUAAGACUGGGAACAGGUGUGGAAAGGUAAUCAAAAGAUUGAUGGUGCCAAAAUUAGCACAACUGGAAAAUACCAUAAUGGGCAUCAUGAAAGAGUUAUCCAAAAUGCCGCCCGGUUCUCGACUUCCUGAUAAGUUUACCAAGACGGAACCCAUUAAACUGCUCUUGGACCAAAAUUAUAAAGAAGACAUCUGCAUGGACAAGCUUGAAUCAUGUUUAAAGGAAGAUAAACGGCGCAAAAGAAUCUUAAAGAAGUUGUUCUUUAAAAAGUACAACUCUCUUAGGCAAGAGUUGAUCGGCUAUGGAGGACGGCGGCUCUGGGGUGGUGAAGGGAACUUGUUCUAUAAAAGAUAAAAAUUAUAGUAAUCAUAAAACAUAUGUUAUAUGGA